AUGGGUUUUGAGGCCUUGGCUUGGUACUGCAAGCCAGUUGCCCAAGGAUUUUGGGAGAAAACAGUGGAUGGUGCCUUUGGUGCUUACACGCCAUGCGCCAUAGACUCAUUAGUAAUGUUUUCUUCUCAAUUUGUGCUUCUUGGUCUGUGUUUGUACCGGACAUGGAUCAUCUUCGGCAACGUCAAAGCUCAGAUGUAUGUUUUGAGGAACAAGUACUAUAACUGUGUGCUAGGGAUAUUGGCUUGUUACUGUGUUGUUGAGCCUCUACUAAGAUUGGUCUUGCGGAUUUCACUCUUUGGCAUGGAUGGAAAGAAUCAUCUUCCUCCCUUUGAGGUUGCAUCUUUAAUCGUCGAGGCAUCCGCUUGGCUCUCCAUGCUUUCUUUGGUUUGGUUAGAAACCAAAAGAUAUGUCAAAGAAUUCAGAUGGUACGUGAGAUUUGGUGUUGUUUAUGUUUUGGUUGCUGAUGCUGUGCUGCUGGACCUUGUGUUACCUCUCCAAAACUCACUGAAUAGAACUGCACUAUAUCUCUGUAUCAGUUCAAGAUGUGCUCAGGUUCUCUUUGGAGUUAUGCUUCUUGUUUACGUUCCGGAACUAGAUAUUUACCACGGUUACCAUACUCUAAACAAUGAAUCAUCAUUAGACAAUGUUGAAUAUGAUGUCCUCCCUGAGAGAGAGAACAUAUGUCCCGAGCGACGUGCUGGCUUCUUUACAGGAAUAUUCUUUGAUUGGAUCACGCCGCUUAUGCAGUUAGGCUACAGAAAGCCCUUAACCGAGAAGGAUGUUUGGCAACUAGAUAAAUGGGACCAAACAGACACUUUGAUCAAAAGGUUCUGGUUUGGUGGUAUUUUUAAGAUUGGACAUGAUCUUUCUCAAUUUGUUGGACCGCUUAUACUGAGCCAAUUGUUGCAGUCAAUGCAAGACGAUGAUCCAGCUUGGGUUGGCUAUGUCUAUGCUUUCUUAAUUUUCGUUGGAGUGACACUAGGUGUGCUUUGUCAAUCUCAAUACUUUCAGCAUGUUGGACGUGCGGCAUUUAGGUUGAGGUCAACAGUGGUAGCAGCUGUAUUCCACAAAUCUCUAAGACUAACUCAUGAAGCUCGCAAGAAUUUCACAUCUGGAAAGGUCACAAAUAUGAUAACUGCAGAUGCUAAUGCACUUCAGCUGAUAGUAGAACAGCUCCAUGGCUUAUGGUCAGCUCCCUUUCGCAUUAUUAUGUCUAUUAUUCUUCUCUAUCAACAACUAGGAGUUGCUUCGCUUUUCGGUUCACUGAUUCUGUUUCUCCUAAUUCCUCUCCAGACUCUGAUUAUAAACAAAAUGAGGAAACUGACUAAAGAAGGACUCCAAUGGACUGACAAAAGAGUCGGUAUCACGAAUGAGAUCUUGGCAUCCAUGGAUACUGUAAAAUGCUAUGCAUGGGAAAAGAGCUUUGAGUCACGUAUUGAAGGAAUUAGAAACGAAGAGCUCUCCUGGUUUCGAAAAGCUCAGUUACUAUCAGCUUUUAACAGUUUUAUACUUAACAGCACCCCAGUAGUUGUGACUGUGGUUUCAUUUGGGGUUUUUGUUCUGUUGGGAGGAGAUUUGACACCAGCAAGAGCAUUCUCAUCUCUUUCUCUCUUCUCAGUUCUAAGAUCUCCUCUCAACAUGCUACCAAAUCUACUAAGUCAGGCUGUCAACGCAAAUGUUUCACUACAACGCAUUGAGGACCUACUUCUCAGUGAAGAGAGAGUUCUAGCACAAAACCCACCUCUUCAACCAGGAGCUCCAGCCAUUUCAAUUAAGAAUGGAUACUUUUCAUGGGAUUCAAAGACAACAAAGCCCACAUUAUCUAAUAUCAAUUUGGAGAUACCAGUAGGAAGUUUGGUUGCCAUUGUAGGUGGAACCGGAGAAGGUAAGACAUCACUUGUCUCGGCGAUGUUGGGAGAGUUAUCUCAUGGUGAAACCUCAAGCGUUGUCAUUAGAGGCUCCGUAGCUUAUGUUCCUCAAGUUUCAUGGAUAUUCAAUGCCACUGUGCGUGAAAACAUUAUAUUUGGGUCAGAUUUUGAAAGGGAAAGAUAUUGGAGGGCUAUUGAUGUGACUGCCUUACAACACGAUCUUGAUUUGCUUCCGGGCCGUGAUCUUACAGAGAUUGGAGAACGUGGGGUGAAUAUCAGUGGAGGGCAGAAGCAGAGAGUCUCAAUGGCUAGAGCAGUCUACUCAAAUUCAGAUGUUUACAUAUUCGAUGAUCCUUUGAGUGCUUUAGAUGCUCAUGUUGCUCAGCAGGUUUUUGAUAGUUGCAUGAAGGAAGAGCUGAAGGAGAAAACGAGGAUUCUUAUCACAAAUCAGUUACAUCUUCUUCCUAUGAUGGAUAGAAUUAUUUUAGUCUCAGAGGGAAUGAUUAAAGAGGAAGGAACCUUCGAAGAGCUGUCAGUAAAUGGUAGUUUGUUCCAGAAAUUGAUGGAGAAUGCUGGGAAAAUGGAUGCAAACCAAGAGAUGAGCAAAGUUGAUGAUGAGAAGAUAUCUGAAGAUCCUACUGUAAAUGUUGAUGCUAGUGAGAUAAAACUAGGCAGUACCAAGCAAGGGAAACAUGGAAGAUCCGUGCUUGUCAAGCAAGAAGAACGAGAGUCUGGCAUCAUUAGUUGGAACGUUCUGAUGAGGUAUAAAAAUGCAGUAGGAGGCUUAUGGGUAGUUUUGAUUCUCUUGGCAUGCUAUGUAACAACUGAAAUUCUCCGACUUACAAGCUGCACAUGGUUAAGUUAUUGGGCUGACCAAAGCACGUCGAAGAGUUACAGUACCGGUUUCUACAUUGUAAUGUUUGCUCUUUUCGGUUUUGGUCAGGUUGCUGUGACGUUUACCAACUCCUUUUGGCUUCUGACAUCAAGUUUACAUGCGGCCAAAACACUCCAUGAGGCAAUGCUAAACUCUAUCUUGAGAGCUCCCAUGCUCUUCUUCGACACAAACCCAACAGGGCGUGUAAUAAACAGGUUCUCUAAAGAUAUUGGUGACAUAGAUAGAACUGUCGCCAACCUAAUGAAUAUGUUCAUGAGCCAGCUGUGGCAACUCCUCUCGACGUUUGCUCUUAUUGGUGCUGUUAGUACCAUUUCAUUGUGGGCAAUAAUGCCACUCCUCAUACUCUUUUAUGCUGCAUAUCUCUACUAUCAGAACACAUCCCGUGAAGUAAGACGUAUGGAUUCGGUUGCAAGAUCACCUAUUUAUGCUCAAUUCGGAGAAGCAUUGAAUGGUUUGUCAAGCAUCCGAGCCUAUAAAGCCUAUGAUCGGAUGGCAAAGAUUAAUGGAAAAUCCGUGGACAACAACAUAAGGUUCACUCUUGCUAAUACUACAUGUAACCGUUGGCUCACUAUAAGAUUGGAGACUCUUGGAGGUGUGAUGAUUUGGUUAACUGCAACUUUUGCGGUUAUGAGAAGCAGUAAUGCAGAGAACCAAGCUAGUUUUGCAUCAACGAUGGGUCUUCUUCUUAGCUAUACUCUGAAUAUCACUACUCUAAUGAGUGGUGUUCUAAGACAAGCUAGCAAAGCAGAGAACAGCUUGAAUUCUGUUGAGCGAGUCGGUAACUACAUUGAUCUUCCUUCUGAGGAGGGUUCAGAGAUAGUUGAGAGCAACCGUCCAGUGCCUGGCUGGCCUUCAAGAGGUUCUAUCGAGUUUGAAGAUGUUCACCUGCGUUACAGGCCAGGGCUGCCUAUUGUAUUACAUGGACUGUCAUUUUCUGUCUCUCCCGGUGAGAAAGUAGGAGUGGUGGGAAGAACUGGUGCAGGGAAGUCUUCUGUUUUGAAUGCAUUGUUUAGGAUUGUUGAAGUGGAAAAGGGAAAAAUCAUGAUUGAUGAUUGUGAUGUGGCUAAGUUUGGACUGACAGAUCUGCGCAGGGUGCUGAGUAUCAUACCACAAUCUCCAGUGCUUUUCUCAGGGACGGUGAGAUUCAACAUUGACCCAUUUGAUGAGCACAAUGAUGCUGACCUCUGGGAGGCUCUACAAAGGGCCCAUAUGAAAGAUGUUAUCGCCAGGAAUCCUUUAGGACUAGAUACUGAGGUCUCUGAGGGAGGUGAGAAUUUCAGCAUGGGGCAAAGGCAACUGUUGAGUCUAGUGCGUGCUUUGCUAAGAAGAUCAAAGAUCCUUGUUCUGGAUGAAGCAACUGCAUCUGUUGAUGUCAGAACAGAUACUCUGAUACAAAGGACCAUCCGAGAGGAAUUCAAGUCUUGCACAAUGCUUGUUAUCGCUCACAGGUUGAAUACCAUCAUCGACUGUGAUAAGAUCCUUGUGCUUAGUUCUGGUCAGGCUUUGGAGUAUGAUAGUCCACAAGAAUUGCUAUCAAGAGAUACAAGCGCCUUCUUUGGGAUGGUUCAGAGCACUGGAGUAGCAAAUGCUCAGCACCUUUGCAACUUGGUCUUCGGAGGGAGAGAUUGAAAGGUGUAAUUGUCACUUUGCAUAAAUGAUGAUGAAAGAAGUUGCAUCAUUAUCAUUUGCCAUGACCAAUACACGUUAGAAAGCACCGGACAUGGAACAUUGGAGAAACCUUCGAAGGGUUAUGAAUAACUGUAAUGAAGUAUUAUUACCUACCAAGUGUUCACAUGUGGAAAUAAUAAGUUGUGUUCUUAGAUUAAUCAUCUGAACUGUGAAUCUCAUUUCAUCUCACAACGAUCUUAACAUGUAAAAUAAUAUGUCGUCAUCACUCUAAGCAGUUUUUAGAUGUAGACGGAUAAAAAAUUAUAGGAUCUUAAGUUUGAUGAACUUAUCGUCUGUUUCUUGUAACACACGGGAGAUAAUGUCC